AUGUCUCUCAAGCUGUCGACACCCACACACUUUCCUGCAUUCCCGUUCAAACCCUAUGACAUCCAGCUCGAUCUUAUGCGACACGUCUUCUCCGCAAUCGAGGACAAGAAAGUCGCCAUCAUGGAAAGCCCCACGGGCACUGGAAAGACGCUAAGUCUACUAUGCGCGUCUCUCACUUGGCUCCAGCACGAACGAGAACGAGCGCGUACCGGUCAACUCGAAUCCGAAGGCGGGGGCUCCCAUGGGACGGACUGGGUACUAGCCCAGACCAUAGAGCGCCGUCGCCGGCAGCUGGAAGCAGAAGAUCUCGAGUACGCGAAACGCCUCGAAGCUGCACGCAAACGCGAGGCGCAACUUAGGAAACUAGCACAUGGACAUGUGCGGAAGAAACCGCGACUGUCGCCCGAAGUUGAAGCCCCUCCGGACGACGCUGAAGAUGACACUGUGUUUCUGCCAGAUUAUCAAGAUGGUGGUGGCGAGCAGAGCAACAUCUCACCUGCUGUGCUUGCGCUCAUGCGGAAACUGCAAGGCCCGAUAUCUUCUCCUGACUUCGAGAAGGAACCAAGCUGCACGAAGAUCUACUACGCAUCUCGCACCCAUUCGCAGCUUGCUCAAGUCCUGCAUGAGCUCGAGAAGCUCAACAUCAAGCUCAACAUCGCCGUGCCGUCCGCACCCUCUCUUCCAUCCGUGCGCAGGCCGUUAGAUACAAGCCGUGCGGAGAAGAGAUCUGUGGAGUCCCUGGAGAAUGAGAAUGAGGAUAGCACUAUGGGAACGGGCCCGCGCGCCGUCUCUCUAGGGUCGCGCAAGCAGUUGUGUAUCAACGAGCGGCUGAAGGAGCGUGCGGGAGACUUAGACGAAGCGUGUCGGCAGAUGUUAGGAGAGAAGGGGAAGAAGCGAUGUCCCCAUCUCCCAUCGGUGGAGGAGGAGGCGCGAAUGUUGGAUUUGAGAGACCAGAUACUGGCGACGCCGAAAGACAUUGAAGACCUCUACCAGAUCGGCCAGGCGGCAGAUACGUGCCCGUAUUUCGGCUCGCGACGCGCGAUUCCCAAGGCACAGCUCGUCCUCCUCCCUUACAACCUCCUCCUUCAGAAGACUGCACGCGAAGCCCUGGGUAUCGACCUCACCGAUCAAGUCGUUAUCAUCGACGAAGCCCACAACUUGACUUCGACCUUGCUUUCCCUGUCGGCGACCCGUCUGCCCCUCCGUACGCUGUCUGCUGCGCGCCACCAGCUCUCGAUCUACCUCUCGCGCUUUCGCAACCGGCUCUCGACCGUACACGCGCUGCAUUUGAAGAGAUUGACGAAUGUCCUCGAGGGGCUCUCGAAGUAUGCGGAGGAUUGGCGUGAGGCGCAGGCAAAGCCAGCGGAGGACGGGAAGGUCAAGGGAAGGGCGGGGCCAGAAGUCGAGGUGAUAACCAGCGGAGAGCUGAUGACGAGAUUGGGGAGGAAGGCGGAGGGAGUAAAUCUGUUAGAGAUUGAGAAAUAUCUGAGGGAGAGCAAGAUUGCUAGAAAAAUUUCGGGGUACUCGGUCAAGGAGCUCGAGAAGGCGGCUGGGCAAGAUACUGUGAAGCUCGCGAAGCUUGCGCGGUUGGCGAAUACAACACCACCUUUGCACGCGGUUGAGAGCUUCAUUGUCGCUCUGACUGCGUCAAGCGACGACGGUCGAGUGACUUUUAGCCUUGUCGAUGGCUCAGUUGAAAUCAAGUACCAACACCUCAAUCCCGCAACCCACUUCCAAGAGGUCGUCGACGCCGCGCGCUCAGUCGUCCUCGCGGGCGGGACCAUGUCUCCCAUGUCCGACGUCGUGAACCAGCUGUUCUCCUCGCUCCCGUCAGAGCGCCUCACCACGUUCUCGUGUGGACACAUCAUUCCCACGUCAAACCUCCAGACGCUUGUUCUGAAGAAGGGGCCGAGGGGUGGUGAACUGACAUUCAAGUUCCAGCAAAGGGGCGAUGACUCUCUGAUCGCAGAGUUAGGGCAGAUAUUGCUGAAUUUCACGAAUGUCGUGCCCGGAGGCAUGGUCGUGUUCGUCCCUAGCUACGGGUUCCUGAACGUGAUCACCGAGAGGUGGAAGGCCAGCGGCAUGCUGGAGAAGCUGAGUGCGAAGAAGAAGGUAUUCUCCGAACCGCAGGAGAGUAAGCAAGUAGAAGCUGUCCUGCGCGACUACGCUGCGGAAAUCAAGGAUAGCUCCAGGCGCGGCGCGCUCCUCUUCGCCGUUGUUGGCGCAAAGCUAUCCGAAGGUCUCAACUUCACCGACGACCUCGCGCGCGCAGUCAUCAUCGUCGGGCUGCCUUUCGCGAAUCUUGGGUCGCCUGAGCUCCGCGAGCGAAUGAACUAUGUCACCCGUCUUGAGCAACGCCAGCUCGCCUCAGGCGCAAGGAAGGCCAAGACGAGCAGUACGAAGGACGCGGGGACGGAGCUGUACGAGAACAUGUGCAUGAACGCCGUAAACCAAAGCAUUGGUCGCGCUAUUCGUCAUCGUGGCGAUUGGGCUGCGCUCGUUCUGGUGGAUUGUCGGUAUGCUUCGCCCAGGAUACGAGGAAAGUUGCCAAAAUGGCUCGAGGCUGGGACCGUGGUCACCGAGAGCUUCGGACAGGCAAUGAAGGAGCUCGGGAGGUUUUAUAGGGAGAAGAAGGCUUGA